CUUAUCAAGCCACGUAUGCCAGGCAUUAGGUGCCAAAAUUGCCUGACUAAACCUGUGUGUGUAUAAAUGUAACCUCCUCUUACAGCCUCACUUCAUCUUCUGAUUAGUUCUCGCUUCUGCUAGCAGCCUGCUGCCAUAGCUGCAAGCAAGACAGGGAGCGCACGGAGUUCGUCCCUGUGUCUCAAGAAAAUUAAUUAAACAAAAGCAAGAUCGUCCAUCAGUUGUCAAGAGACAAGCAGCAACCACCAGCAGAGAAAGACAGGCAGAUGAUGGAGGGGAGCAUGGACGCUGCAAGGAUCAUAGGGUACUUGAAGGGGAAGAGCAUCCUCAUCACCGGCUCAACUGGCUUUCUUGGAAAGAUUCUUGUGGAGAAGAUCCUGCGGGUGCAGCCUCAUGUCCACAAGAUGUACCUCCUGGUACGAGCCAUCGACGCGCAGUCCGCCAAGCACCGCGUCCACCAAGAGGUGAUCGGCGCAGAGCUGUUCGGCCUCCUGAGAGAAAAGUACGGCGAGGGGUUCGACUCGUUCAUCGAGGACAAGAUUGUUCCUUUGACCGGAGACAUCACCGGCGAGGACCUGGGCCUGGAGGCAUCCACACUGCACCAACUGGCCAAGGACAUGGACGUCAUCGUCAACAUCGCUGCAACCACCAACUUCUACGAAAGGUAUGACGUCUCUUUGGACGUGAACGUGAUGGGGGUGAAGCACCUCUGCCACUUCGCCAAGCAGUGCGCCAACCUCAAGAUGCUCAUGCAUGUCUCGACCGCUUUUGCGUCCGGCGACAGUGCGGAGGUGAUCCCGGAGAAGCCCAUCACGCCCGGCCAGUCGCUGCGGGAAGGCUUGCGCCUCGACAUCGACGCCGAGCUGCGCCUCGCCGCCGACGUCAAGAAGAACCUGACGGCGGCGGCCAGCGGCGACGGCGGCGGCGACGCCCACAAUAAUAACAAGACGGCCGAUGAGAGGAAGGCCAUGAAGGAGCUGGGCCUCCAGCGGGCACGCCACUUCGGGUGGUCCAACACCUACGUCUUCGCCAAGGCCAUGGGCGAGAUGGUGCUGGAGCAGCACCGCGGCGACAUGCCCGUGGUGAUCAUGCGCCCCAGCAUCAUCACCAGCGUCCGGGCGGACCCGCUGCCGGGGUGGAUGCAGGGCACGCGCACCAUCGACACGCUCAUCAUCGGCUACGCCAAGCAGAACAUCUCCUGCUUCCUCGCCGACCUCCGCAUGGUGAUGGACGUCAUCCCGGGGGACAUGGUGGUCAACGCCAUGCUGGCGGCGGCGGCGGCGCGCUCCGGGGAGAAGGGGGCGCUGGCCAUCUACCAGCCCACCUCGUCGCUGCGCAACCCGGUGACCUACGCCGUGCUCUACCGCUCCGGCGCCCGGCACUUCAUCGAGCACCCGCGCGUGCGGGACAACGGCGAGGUCAUCCCCAACAAGGAGAUGCGCUUCUUCUCCACCAUCCCGCGGUUCCGCCUCUACAUGAUCCUCACCUUCAAGCUGCCGCUCGAGAUCCUGCACGCGGCCAACCUGCUGCUCUGCGGGACCUUCUCCAAGCUCUACAACGACUCCAACCGAAAGUACAAGUUCGUCAUGCAUCUCGUUGACGUCUAUGGCCCCUUCGCAUUCUUCAAAGGAUGCUUUGACGACACCAACCUGGAGAGCCUGAGGUCAACAAUGGUGACGAAGAGCCCUGAUGAAGAUGAGAUGUUCAACUUUGAUCCCAAGAUCAUCGACUGGGACGACUACUUUUACAGAAUUCACAUUCCUGGUGUCCUCAAGUACGUCUGCAAGUGAUCAAGACAUGUUUUAUUGGCCGUGCACCUUGUUCAUACAUGGACCAAAAAAAUAUAUGAAACUCUGUUCAUAUAUACUUAAAGACACACCAAUUAAUUGUUUCUUUUAUGUUGUAAUUAAUUACAGUACAAAGGAUGUUACAAGUUGAAUUGGCUGUUAAUAAAUGUGCUGAUGAAGCACCAUAUAUAUGAAAUAAUAUUGAUGAAACGUGUGC